GUUUUUAUUUCUCCUUACUUCUCUUCUUCUGCUCUGCAUGUUCAUCAACACCAGCAAAGACCAUUCUGGCUUCUUGUCCUGUCUGCUUUGGUCUUGGUACUUGGACCUGUUGUUUGUGUGGUUGUGUUGAUGGCAACCACUGAUAUUCUCUAUUGGUUUUGCUCAAUGUCCACAUGGAGCUGCAACACUGAGAUAGGAUAGAUAACUACAGCACACCUUAAACAGUUCUUACCUUAUGCUCCAAAUUUGAAAGGGUUCUGGGUUUCACUUUGAAAACAAUAUCGCGAUAAUUCAGUAAUGCUCCUUUUAAGAUAGGCCCCAGUCAGAGACUGCCAAAGGCAACUCUUCCACCUCAACAGAAGCACUAACAGAUGGACCAUUACAAUAUAUAAACAAACAAGACUCUAUCGUAGCUUUUUCACCAUCAUAGCUAUUUUCAGAUGCUGACCUUGGCUCAGUCAUCACCUCCACGUGAUAUACAAUAGCAUUGACCCUCUCCCAGGUAAAAUCCUUGUGUAUCCCACUUCGUCAUAUUUGUUUGUGGACAUAUAGAGGAACAAGAAACUAUUCAAAAAUUUGGAGUGAACCUGCAGGUGCAUUGGUGGUUUUUAGAUGGAGCUGUGCUCUGCCAGGGUUGUUCUUUCUGUUAAUGGUAUUAAUUUGCGGAAUAUGCAGUGUAUGCUUCAAAGAGUCUACAUAGAACAGGGUUAUGGUAGUUUGAUGACAAUAUUAAUUUACAGAAACAUGAUGGUUCAAGAUGCCUUCUCAACAACAGUAUCUUCAGUCACAAGUGAAACCAGUAAACAGCAGAACACAUCAGGGAUGGAGUCACAGAACCUCGUGGACGAUCUGUCGCCAAAGAAGAAUACAGUUCUCAAGCUUAGUAAUGGCCCUGUUGUGGGGUCUCGCAAGCGUCCGUCAGAAGGGCACUAUGAGAAGGAGAAGGAACACUGCAUCGCCCUGUUUGACCAGUGGUCGGAGGCAGACCAGGUGGAGUUUGUCGAGCGCCUGAUUUCCCGUAUGUGCCACUACCAGCACGGCCACAUCAACUCCUACCUCAAACCCAUGCUGCAGAGGGACUUCAUCACUGCGCUGCCAGCCCAAGGCUUGGAUCACAUAGCAGAGAACAUCCUGUCUUUCCUGGAUGCACGCUCGCUCUGCUCAGCAGAGUUGGUGUGUAAGGAAUGGCAGAGGGUCAUUUCUGAGGGAAUGCUGUGGAAGAAGCUCAUUGAACGCAUGGUCCGGACUGACCCCCUCUGGAAAGGCCUGUCGGAGAGACACCAGUGGGAGAAAUAUCUGUUCAAGAACCGCACAUCAGAAGUCCCCCCCAACUCCUACUAUCACUCCCUAUAUCCCAAGAUCAUCCAAGACAUAGAGACUAUUGAGGCUAAUUGGCGAUGUGGCAGACACAACUUGCAGAGGAUUCAGUGUCGCUCAGAAAACAGUAAAGGGGUUUACUGUCUCCAGUACGACGAUGACAAGAUCAUCAGUGGCCUUAGGGACAAUUCCAUCAAGAUCUGGGAUAAGCAGUCUCUGGAGUGUCUGAAGAUACUGACCGGUCACACAGGCUCAGUAUUGUGUCUCCAGUAUGAUGAGAGGGUCAUUGUCACCGGGUCUUCUGAUUCAACUGUCAGGGUCUGGGAGGUGACGACGGGUGAGGUACUGAACACACUGAUCCACCACAAUGAGGCUGUUCUUCACCUGCGUUUUGCAAAUGGCCUGAUGGUCACCUGCUCUAAGGACCGUUCGAUUGCAGUUUGGGACAUGGCUUCACCUACUGACAUCAGCCUACGCCGCGUCCUCGUGGGACACCGGGCUGCUGUCAAUGUGGUUGACUUUGAUGACAAAUACAUCGUGUCCGCCUCAGGGGACCGCACCAUCAAGGUAUGGAGCACCAGCACCUGUGAGUUUGUGCGCACUCUAAAUGGUCAUAAGCGGGGAAUUGCCUGUCUACAGUACAGAGAUCGUCUUGUAGUCAGCGGCUCGUCUGACAACACAAUCCGGUUAUGGGACAUAGAGUGCGGCGCAUGUUUGCGAGUGCUGGAAGGUCACGAGGAGUUGGUGCGCUGUAUUCGCUUUGACAACAAAAGGAUUGUCAGCGGCGCCUACGACGGUAAGAUAAAGGUGUGGGACCUGCAGGCAGCCCUGGACCCACGAGCCCCCGCCAGCACAUUAUGUCUGCGCACUCUAGUGGAGCACUCUGGCCGCGUGUUCCGCCUGCAGUUCGAUGAGUUUCAGAUCAUCAGCAGUUCUCACGACGACACCAUUCUGAUCUGGGACUUCCUGAACGUCUCAACCAACGGCCAGUCAGAGGGACGGUCUCCUUCCCGCACCUACACGUACAUCUCUAGAUAGCAGGUGGCGCCAUCAACCGCACCCUUUCUUGGAGGAACCCAGGGCUGAUUGGCUGAUGGGUGCAUCCGUCAUGGAAAGGAGCCCAUCUCUCCUCCUUCCUCCUCGUCAUCUCUCUGUCCAUCUCCCACCCAGCCCCUCACCAACCUCCUGCUCCCUUCCCGUUCUGAUAGACUCUAAGCUUGUGCCCGUUGCCUGCCAGUUCAGUGACAUACACACACAGGUCAACACUGAUGAGGACUCCCUACUACAGAACCAAUGCAAUCUCCCAAGAAGUUCACCUUCCACUACUAAUUUAUGUUUUGUAAAGUACACUGAUGACAGUAUUAACUUAGACCUUAUAUAAGUCACAAGCUCCCCUUUGUCCCCCUUGAAUCAAACUUAAAGCAGCUUCUGCUCCCCAGUUUUCAACCCCUGCCAAAACAGGUUUCCACAGAUAUGGAAUCGCUUAUAGAUAUAUAUUUAUAUAUAUUACACAGACACACACACACAUACACACACACAGUGGCACAGUUGGACAGAGGAUGACCGGAGCUGUGAUGCGGGAGACAGAGACUCUUUACUCAGCUCUAGGAAAGAAGGGAAGGAUGGGAGACGGAGGGAGUGAAUGAGGGAGAAAUGUGUUGGGGAUGACUUUAGAGCUCCCUCUCACUCCCUCUCACUCCUCCCUGCCUCUCUCUCUCCACCCCCCCACCCCCUUCGCUCCCUUCCCCAACCCCCCCCAGAGAUGCACACUCGCUUGGAAUAUGGGGGCGCACGCACACUCAAGUUUGUGUGAGUGUGUGUUUGUGUAUGUGGACUUGUGAAACGGCAGAACAGAGCAGAAGCGUCAGACAGACAUGCAUGUGAGGUUGCCAUGGAUACAGCAUCCUGGUACACCUCUGCUUUUUUUUUCUCUUUAACUCUUACUUUCUUACUGUUUUUUAUUACUGUUAUUUUCUAAUUUUAUUUGAGUAUUUUGGUUCUUAGUACAAAAAUCAUACUAAGCGUAGUCCUCUUUCUCUUUCCCCCUCUCUCUCUCUCUAUCUCUCUCUCUCUCUCUCUCUCUCUCUUACUGUCUUUUUCCUCAUUCUUUCUUCUAACUUUGACCCUUGUUCAUCUGUCCCUUUCACACCAUCUUUCUCUCCCACAUCAUCUACGUGCUUGCUUUGGUUAUGAGAGAAGCUGGAAUUCAAGAGCUCAAAUUUAGCUGUAAACGGAGUUGUCUUGUCAAAAUUGUGUUGUAUAUUAAAAAUGAUUUUUUAAAGAAGAAAAUGACCUUAUUGUGAAUAAAGUACUUGACAGUGGUGGAGUGUUGAGCCAACUGUAACAUGAA